UUAGAAUUGGAUAAGAUGGACUCAAAAAUCCGUUUUAGAUAUGGUGCAAAAUUCAAAGCAUUCGAUCCAGAAGAAAUUUACCCAGAGGAUUUCCAGGACAAGUUAUAGGGCUGAAUGAUAAAUCCCAGAUCACUCCAAAUUAUCAGGCUCCUGCAAUGAGCACAAAACCAGAGGCUCCAAAUCUUAGUUUAGUGAGAAGAAGAAGGCAAGGAGCCUUCCAGACUUCUCAAACUUUUGUUUCAAAAAGAGAAAAUGAGAAUCCUCCAAAUAACAAAUUUACUGACUAUAACUCAGAUAUGGAUUCUGAAGUAGAGCUUGAGAGACGCAAUAUCGCAAUGAUGAAGGCUCUCAGAAAAGGUGACACCAACAAAUACCAACUGUUGAAAAAUAAGAAGGUCAAGUCAGAUAUCUCAGAGAGUAAUACUUUUCAGAGCCAAUUAGGAUCGUGAACUGGAACAAAGAAAAACAAGAAAAACUCAAGAUGCUCUUCUUCAUCUUCUACAGACUCUGUUGACAACGAGUAUUGGGAUGAAAUUACAAAUCAUGACGGGAGUCAGAAUGAAAUACCUGCAAUGUUUGGUAAUCUCAAUAGCUACACUGAUUUUAUGAAGUUGUUCCCUAAUUUUGCAACCAGAGCCAUGCAAGAAAUGAGAACAGGAUUAUCACAUGAUAUAAAAUCGGAGAUAAAAUAAUUUGAAUAAGCUCAAGGGGACAAUGGACUUUGACCAAGAGCAAGAUCAUUUUAAAAGAGCAGUUCUAGAUCAUAUCCUGAAGAUUCAACAGAAUAAAUAGAAGUUUGAAAGACGAAGUUGACAGUCAGUUCCUAACCCAACAACUUCAAAGAACAAGGAUAGCACAUGAACAGGAGUUGGCCAAUCUCAAACUCACAGCUGAACUAAAGGCCAAAGAAUUCUUACAAGAAGUCAUGUUAAAAUGAGAAAAGAAAUUCAAUGAAGAAAUGAGUAGCCUCUUGUCACAAUUUGAAGAAGUUAGUAAUAAACUCUACAAAAGUGAGAAAAAGCUUGAAUAUCUACGAAAUUUCUUAUACCAUCAAGAGGAAGAACUUCUUCAAUCUCGGUCUAUAAUGGCCUGGUUUCGGAGAGAACAGUACAACAACAUGAGUUUUAUCUCAGUGAAAAGGAUAAACCCUCCUAAUGACUCACAGGAAUGAGAUCCUUUAACUAUGAAGGAAUUUAGCUUAUACUCUUCGUACCUGAACCUUAACUUUGAAGACCAAUUUCUCAUUGCGAAUAACUCUAUUGUCCACUACUACAAAGAAGCGAAUCAUGCUUUGAGGCAGAGAAUAAAGCUAUUAGAGACCCAAGUGGUUGAAUAUGAAAACAACAGUGAGGAGCUCCAUGAUGAGAACGAUAAGCUUAAAGUGAUAAAUUCUGAUCUUGAGAGGACUAUCAAAGAUCUCCAUCGGAGAAAAAUAGAUGCUGAAAAUUAGACACCGCAAACUCUAUGAGGAAAUCACCAUUGACUUUGUAAAAGAAAAGCAACAGCUAAUUUCCAAAUUCGAGGAUUCUUUGAGAAUAUUCUCUGAAGAGUUAAAAGUUCGAGAAUGAAUUUCAGCAAGUCUUCAUGCAAGGGAGGAUAAGCUUAAAGAAGAGGUCAGAAAGUUGAAACAAAUCGUUAGAAUCCCCAGGAAUCAUUUCAAAAAUCUAGAGAAAAUGAAAUUUGAUGAGAUUAUCAACCAAAAGAUUAACAUUAGCAAAGAUCGUCAGACCCAGAGUACUAACAGAUCCCUAUGCCUAAUGACUCGAUCAAAAUCAACUUUCCAUUCCCGUUCAAAUUACCACAAACUCCACAACAGCGUCGCUACCAAAAUAGAGGCCCAAAACCUGCCAAUACCCACCCUACCUCUCUCCCCCCAAAUCCCCACUCUCUUCAACCCCAAAUCCAAGCUCACCACCCGUCUCCCCCACCCCCUCAUCUCCCCUCUCACCCGCUCCUUCUCCAACCUCAGUCCCACCCCAAAGAGCAAUUCCUCCAAUCCCUUUACCCAAAAACCCAUCCCACACACCCGUGUAUUCUCCCCACCACCGAUCAAAAUCCCUUCUAUAAAUCCAGGUGAAGACUUCCCCCUGUAGUGUAAUAAUAGAACUUUUGGGAACAAUUUUGGAAUUUUAGUGGAGAUAGAGGGAUUUUGUAGUAAAGAAACUUGGAUACAUGACCAGUAGCAUAGUUAGAGUACUAAACCUGAUUUGGAAGU